AUGUCUCUCAGAUUCGUCACCUCCCUCGCCAUCAUGGCCACCGCCGUCCUGGCCAGGACAGACCUUGCCGGCUGCGUCUCCUCCGACUCGGUCGUCACCCCCACCCAGGGCGGCACACCCUACGCAACCCGCGUGUGGUACGUCCCCGGCACCGGCGAAAUCUGCGCUGCCCUCGACUGCGGCGGCGGACGCGCCCCUCCCAAGACCACCGUCCCCGGCUGCCCAUCCUACGAGGGCACCGGAACCUACUCGCCCUCCUUCCUGCCCCUGCAGACCAGCGCCGCGCCCGUGGUCUCAACGACCGUGGCCGCCGUCACCACCAAGGCUCCGGAGACCACAGUCAGUGUCUCUGACAGUACUGCUGUCACCACGUCUACGGACUCCGCGGCCGUUGAGAGUCAAACUUCUGUCUCUGCCUCGGCUGUCGUUGUCAUCACCUCGAGCGGCUUCAGCAAUGCUACAAUGACGACCCUGACCACGACCGCCGCCUCGGCAUCUGGCAGCCAGUCUAGCCGUGUCACGCAGACUGCUGUAUCUGCUGCGACCUCGGGAGCCACCAACAGCCCCAACGCCGCCGUUCCUACCGGUGCGUCUCGCCAGCUGUUCGGUCUCGUGGCUGGUGUUGCCAUCGGCGCUGCCCUGCUGUAA